CCCGAGGGCCGCGCGCUUGCGCAGUCGAGGCGACGCGCGCGCGGGGAAGGGGGGGGGCAACUAGCAGCCUCCUGACAAACCUUUCCCGCCCUUCAAAAAUCUCAAGUCUCUCUCCUUCAUCCUCCAGAAUCGCCCUCAGCCGUCCACGACGGACAAUCUGACAUGCCGGAGAUCCGCCUCCGCCAUGUCGUGUCCUGUAGUAGCCAGGACUCGACCCACCGUGCCGAGAACCUCCUCGCAGCCGAGGCCUACCGGAAGUGGCGCUCUGCCCGCGCGGGCGAGAAGACCAUCUCGGUGGUGCUACAGCUGGAGAAGGAAGAGCAGAUACACAGCUUGGACAUUGGCAACGAUGGCUCGGCCUUUGUGGAGGUGCUGGUGGGCAGCUCGGCCGGGGGUGGCGGCGAGCAAGACUACGAGGUCCUUCUGGUCACCUCGUCUUUCAUGUCCCCUUCUGAGAGUCGCAGUGGCUCAAACCUCAACCGAGUUCGCAUAUUUGGGCCUGAUAAGUUGGUGCGGGCUGCAGCUGAGAAGCGCUGGGACCGAGUGAAAAUUGUCUGUAGCCAACCGUACAGCAAGGACUCCCCCUAUGGUCUGAGUUUUGUGCGGUUUCACAGCCCCCCGGACAAAGACGAGGCCGAGGCGUCACCCCAGAAGGUGACCAAGCUCGGCCAGUUUCGUGUGAAGGAGGAGGAUGAGGGCACCAAUUCCCUAAGACCUGGGGCACUCUUCUUCAGCCGCAUCAACAAGACAGUCCCAGCUGCAGCCAGAGACCCAGCAGGCCCCAGCUAUGCGGCUGCCACACUCCAGGCCUCUAGUUCCUCCGCAGCCUCCCCGGCCUCCACAGCAGUUGGGAGCACCGUCAAGCCUCAGGAAUCUCUCAAAGGAAAGAGGAAGCUGGAUCUAAAACAAGAAGAAAGGAAGGCCCCCAGCAAGCCAUCAGCUUCACCCUCUACCCCCGCACCCAAGAAACCCAAAUUGCUCGCUUCCUCCAGUCACCCAGCUGCCAGCUCCGUCCCUGCCCCAGGGAAGCCUCGAGAAGGCACCGAGCCCAAGGCCCCCCGAGCGGGCCCCCAGGAGCUUGGGCAGAUCCUGCAGGGGGUGGUAGUGGUGCUGAGCGGCUUCCAGAAUCCUUUCCGCUCUGAGCUCCGAGACAAAGCCCUGGAGCUGGGCGCCAAGUACCGGCCAGACUGGACUCCAGACAGCACCCACCUCAUCUGUGCCUUUGCCAACACUCCCAAGUACAGUCAUGUCCUGGGCCUUGGAGGCCGCAUCGUGCGCAAAGAGUGGGUGCUGGACUGUCACCGCAUGCGGCGGCGGCUCCCGUCCCGGAGGUACCUUAUGGCUGGGCCGGGCUCAAGCAGUGAGGAUGAAGGGGAUUCUCAUAGCGAUGGGGAAGAAGCCUCCAAGAUGCCCCGGAAGCGUGUGCAGACCAAAACCAAAGCCCCUCAGGCAGCAGGACCCAGCUCACAACAAAGACCCCCAACUCCAGAAGAGACCAAACCAGCCACCCCAGAACUUCAGGAAGAUGUCGAUUCUGAGGGGGAACAGUCAGGAGGGCAGGACAAUGGAGCGGAAGAUUCUGGGGACACUGAGGAUGAGCUGAGAAGGGUGACUGAGCAGAGAGAUCAGAGGCAGCUGACUGACCAGGGGGAGAACGGCGAGGACCCCUAUGCAGGAUCCACGGAUGAGAACACAGACAACGAAGAUCAGCCGGAGUCCCCUGACCUGCCAGUUCCUGAGCUUCCUGAUUUCUUCCAGGGUAAGCACUUCUUCCUGUACGGGGAGUUCCCUGGCAAUGAGCGAAGGAUGCUGCAGCGAUACGUCACUGCCUUCAAUGGGGAGCUUGAGGAGUAUAUGAGCGAGCGUGUCCAGUUUGUGAUCACGGCCCAGCAAUGGGACCCCAGCUUCGAAGAGGCUCUGAUGGACAACCCCUCCUUGGUGUUUGUGCGGCCCCGCUGGAUCUAUAACUGCAACGAGAAGCAGAAGCUGCUCCCGCACCAGCUUUACGGCGUGGUGCCCCAGGCCUGACGUCCUCGCACUUUGCACCUUAAUAAAGGUGACCUGGCCCUUCUCACCCACCAGCUCCCAGA